AUGGAUGUCCGGUGCCGGGGGCGCAGUCUGCAGUAUCUCAUGGAUUGGGAGGGCUACGGAAUGGAGGAGCGUUCUUGGAUCCUGCGGGCGGCCCUCCUGGAUCGGGGUAUGGUGUGGGCGUUCCAUGUGGCUCACCCUGACAAGCCUGGGGUUCGCCGGGAGGCUCCCGUUGGGGGGGGGAGGAGCUUCCUGGAUUUACCCCCGUGUGAUUCCCGUGUGGCAGUGUCGGAGUGUGAGCCUGUGAUCGUAAUUGAUGGUUUAACAUGUUAUAUCCAUGCAUGCAAAUUUUUAACAUUCAUUAUACUCAGACUCACUCUUUUGAUACCCUUUGCCCUUCAUCACACUUCUCAGUUCACCUCGCCUGGUCCAGCCUCAGAGUCUUCAGCCUCGCCUGGUCCAGCCUCAGAGUCUUCAACCUUGCCUGGUCCUGCCUCAGAGUCUUCAGCCUCGCCUGGUCCUGCCUCUGCCUCUGCUACGCCUGGUCCUGCCUCUGCCUCUGCUACGCCUGGUCCUGCCUCUGCCUCUGCUACGCCUGGCCCUGCCUCUGCCUCUGCUACGCCUGGCCCUGCCUCGCCUCAGCCAGAGCUGGUGGUUCAGCCAAGCCCGUCCAGCAUCCUUCCACGCCGUCGCCUGCAGCGCCAUUAUCUGGUCCUGGCUCGCCUGGUCCUGCCACGGCCCAACCGGAGGUCGACGCCAUACCUCUGCUUGUCUCACCUGCCAAGCCACGUCCAGGUCCAGCACGGCUGUUUCCGGAGCCUGUCAGGACAGCCUGUCGACGGAAACCAACCAAACCAUCCAAGGAUUAUCAUCCAUGCCGUCGACCACCAGCCAAUUCUUGUUCACGCCGUCGACCACCAGCCAAGCCGCCCGACGGUGUUCGUACCCGCCCACGUCGCCGCCGGCCGCCAGCCAAGCCGCCCGACAGGUCUCGUCCACGUCACCGCCGGCCGCCUGCCAAGCCGCCCAAGUGUGGCCAGCCAUACCUGCUUCGCCACUGCCACCUUCCUCGUGGCCGGCCCCCUGAACCUUUGA